AUGCAUCAAAGGGCCACCAACCAGGCCUUUAUAGUUGCUACAUUGAUAUUCCUACAUUUGAAUUAUAUGUUUGUUGCUAAUUACGGUGGACAAGAAUUAUUAAAUCAUGGUCUAAAGUUGUUCAAAGCAACCUAUAAUGGACUAUGGUAUGCAGCACCAUUGCGUACGCAAAAACUAUUAUUAUUUAUAAUGCAAAAGGGAACAAUAAACGUCAAUUUAACAUGUGGCGGCAUAUUUGUUGCAUCUUUAGAAGGUUUUGCUACGCUUGCAAAUGCGACAGUAUCCUACUUUACAUUGAUUUAUUCUACACGAUAG